AGAGGAGGACCAGUCAUCGGUGUGAGGAUGAGACACCCACCCGGUGCAGGAGACUGAGUGAAAACGGGAGCACUAAGACCCAGGGGGAGUGGAGGAUCGCAUCAAGGGACCGGAGGAGUAGGCGCUGGAGGGUGGGAGCCGACUGGUACCUUGGUCGCCUUCGGAACAGCAUCUUCUCUAGUGACAAAAAUGGCCAGUCAGUCCCAGGGUAUCCAGCAGCUCCUCCAGGCUGAGAAGCGGGCAGCGGAGAAGGUGGCCGAUGCCAGGAAGAGGAAGGCCCGGCGACUGAAGCAGGCGAAGGAGGAGGCUCAAAUGGAGGUGGAGCAAUACCGCAGGGAGCGAGAGCAGGAGUUCCAGAGCAAGCAGCAGGCGGCCAUGGGCUCUCAGGGGAACCUGUCUGCUGAGGUGGAGCAGGCCACGAGACGUCAGGUUCAGGGCAUGCAGAGCUCCCAGCAGAGAAAUCGGGAGCGAGUCCUGACUCAGCUUCUUGGCAUGGUCUGUGACGUCAGACCCCAGGUCCACCCCAACUAUCGGAUUACUGUCUAGAACCCUUGCUUAGGGACACAUCCCUAGAGUGACUCCUUCUAUCAGCAAAACCACCCGUGUCGCAUGCACAGAGCCCUGGGCUCAAUCCAUAGCACCAUCCCCCACCUACCGCCAAAUCUACCUGGCAGGUUCUAAUAUUCUCCCCAUGAGACGUACAAAUAGCCUGUUCAGACCGGAAUCUCUGCGUCCCAUGACAUCUACUGGAAUUAUACUAACGAAUGUCCAAGCCAUCCCCACCAGAUGGAUCCCUCUGAGAAAUGUAUGUCGUGGUGAUGGGGAGUGUGAAAAGCACCCUGAUUUCAGAGCUGGCCGACUUCUGUUCCUCUCUCACCCCUGUUCCUUGCUGGCUGCACAACUGGGACAAGCUGUUUAACCUGGAAGCCUCGGUGUCCUCAUCUUUGUAGCUGGAGUGACAGUGACAAUGGAUUGCUUUGUAAGGAGGCUGCCUCGAGUCAUCCUAUGAGAGUUCAGCAUAGUUCCAGAUGGGUAGUGGCUGUGGUUGGAUAAAUGGCUAGCCUGUACUACGACCGCACUCUGCUUGCCUGCCAGAAUCCUAAUUCUGUUUCCUGACAUUCUAGCUUUGCUUAGUCACUGUAACUCUAGUAAUCCUCUGAGAAAUUUGUUUCUCCGGCUCUCCCCUGGCAUAUCGUGUGUGCCCCCUGAGCAGUUGAAUAACAAUGUCAUUUAGCCCCUCUCUCAGAAUUCCAAAUAUAUAUGGAACCUCUUAGCACCUCUCUUUGUUGCUCCCAAGCUGGUCUUUCUCAUGGGUGCCUCCCUUUUCAUCUGUUUCCCCAAAGCUUGCUGCUUCCUGGAGCUGAAGAGAUCUGUGACAUUCAUGCAUGCAUUCCUUUCUUUGCCCUCAACACCUCUCCUCCCUAUGUAACAGUGGAGUGUCAAUAAAAUCCCGGUGAAUGAGUCA